UGGAACCCCGUUAAAUGAACUAGUGUACUAUCGUACAGCGACUCCAAAUACGCAAGUCUACUUUUCCAUAUUUUAUCCAUGGCUUCCUCUUUCAUUACACUCGCAAAACCCUUCACUUCUCACAAAGCCGAGCUUCCAUCUCUCUCCAAUACAAAACUAUUUGGUCUACGAAGAAACUUUUUAAGAAUCAACGCCAUUGCAAAGAAAUAUGAACCCACCAAGGUUGUCCCUCAGGCUGAUAGAGUUUUGAUUCGUCUAGAGGAGCUACCUGAGAAAUCAGCCGGUGGAGUUUUACUACCUAAAUCGGCAGUUAAAUUUGAGCGGUACCUGAUGGGAGAGGUUCUUUCCAUUGGUUCUGAAGUUGGGGAUGUGGAGGCUGGGAAAAAGGUUCUUUUUUCUGAUAUAAAUGCUUAUGAGGUCGAUUUGGGAACAGAAGGACGACAUUGUUUCUGCAAAGCAGGCGACUUGCUGGCGGUAGUUGAGUAGGACAUUAUUAGCAUAUUGCAGUUGCUAAUAUAGGUUUGGUUUAUGAUCAUCAACUUUUGAAGUGUAUCCUGUGUUACCUCCUAUUAUUAAACUUGCUUCUGUAACAGUUAAAAGUUGAACUCACUGAUUCUCUUGAAAUAAUAGCAUUCGAAGUGAUUGUUGAUUGAAAUGUUAUCAAUGAACACCUUA